UGCGCAGGCUCUUUGAGCGAGGAUGAGGAGGCGACACCGCGGAGAAUGACUGGAGGGAGGCUCUAAUCUGGGGUUCCAAUCAGACAUUUUCACUAUGAAUUGCGUUUGUUUGUUUGUUUGUUUGUUUGGUAAAAGUCGCACUUUUGUCUGUCGGGAACGCGGACUCACCGAGCCUACAGUACAUCUGCUGACACUGUAGGAUUUAUGUGGCAUUUCAACAAAGGUGGUGGAAAUCCUGGCAGAGAGACGCCGAUAAACGUUAAGUUCUUCGCUUUUUUAAUUUUGGGGACAGAAUGCCGCGAGACAACAAAACUCAUCUCAUCCAGAAAAUAGCAAAACAAGCCUGUACGACAUUCAGAGGCUUGGAGUCGUCUGCCAGUAAAGUCGUUGAGGACAAACUUAAUGAACUAAUCUCCUUAGUAACUGCCGUCAGGGCUUCCGACGUGAAAAUUGCUCCUCGGAAAACCAAAUCGAGCUCCGGGGCAGCGGGGCUCCAGAGCCCCCCCGUCACCUACAUGCACAUUUGCGAGACGGAGGUGUUCAGUAUGGGGGUGUUCCUACUGAGGAGCGGCGCGUCCAUACCGCUGCACGAUCACCCGGGGAUGAACGGGAUGCUCAAGGUUCUCUAUGGAAAGGUGAACGUCCGCUGCUUUGACAAGCUGGAGCAAAACCUGGCUGUAACCACAGUCCCACCUGUAUUUGACCCCCCGGUACCCCCACUGCAGAUGACCUCCGUGUGGCGUGCCGUGCUCCGCUCAGUGGUUGAGUACUCGGAGAACAGCGGGCCAUGUCUCCUCACUCCUGUGCGGGAUAACCUUCACCAGAUCUACGCAGUCGAUGGGCCCGCCGCCUUCCUGGAUAUCCUGGCUCCUCCGUACAAUUCAGAUGAUGGGCGAGACUGCCACUAUUACAAAGUCCUGCAAAGUGCAUUAGAAGAUGAAACCGAUGCAAAAGGUCACCAGGAACAGCAGGGAGAGAAGGGGAAGGAAGAGGAGGUGUGGCUCUUAGAAAUCCCUCAGCCGGAGGAUUUCUGGUGUGGUGGGGAAUCAUACCCAGGCCCUGCAGUCUCUGUGUAAUAGAAGCCUGUGCUCGAAAGGAAAUACACUACAAAGUAUUACAGACUUAAUUUGUUUGUUCUGCCAUCUUCCAGAACGAAAACCAAAAAUUUGGUCAUAAUCACCUGGAAGUUACCUGGACUGACUGCCUUGCUCUUGGUUAAGGACAAUAUAGUAGUGCAGAGACAUACAGAGACUUAAACUGACUUAGAGCCCUCUUGGAAUAAGGACAACUGAACAGCCUUCCACAAAUAUCCCUGUGGUAUUGGGAGAAGUGUUUUCCCGGGGAAUUCUCAUUCCUAAUAUGGUGUUUUCCUUCAGACCAUUAUGUUGCCGUUUAGACUUAUGAAUGUUAUCAGCAAAACUUUGUGAAUGGUGGGGUAUCAUUAGGAUCUCUGCUGUGCUCCUUGUUGUUAGUCUCUGCUGCAGAGAGCCUCCACAUUGCCGCAGCCUGCAGCACCACUCCUGCCUGCCUUAUAUGUGAAUAAUGAAUGUACACUUAUGAAGAAGGCCAUGUACCCACUCACUGCACACAUUAUAUUUACGCUUUCUUUUUAUUCUUUUCACUUAUUCAUGACAUGCUUCCUAAACAGGUUUGGUCGGUUAUUAGAGGAAAGAAAAACGCCGUUUUUCAAAGAUUGCUACGUAUGUUGUGGUAGGUUGGACUAAACUGUUGUUUCACUGAAUGAAGUUCGAUGCUUCAGUAUGUGGCACUUUAAAAAGGCUCACUUAAAUCAGAGAAUCUUUAAAAAGUGCUGAAAUUGGGAGAUGUGUUGGAUAACUUUAAUAUUUUAACCAUUUUCAGUCUUUGACGUGUAUCUUAUGUAUGUCACCUGAGCUUAUGUCUUCAAUUUCCUUCGGCCUACAUUUGACUCCACACACAUUUGUGUCAGUAUGACCAUGAUGCUGUUACUUUGAUGAUGAAUGUAUGUGGAGCAAUAAAACAGAUGAAGAUGCUCACAAAUAAAAAA